AUGGCGACCCUCGCGAAUCCCGAAUACGCUCAGCAGUGCACCGCAAUCCGCGUCGAGCUCAAGGCUUGGGAGAAGUCGUUCCAGACUGCCAAUGCCGGCCGCAAGGCAGGACGCGCCGACAUCAAGGCCACUCCCCACAUUGCUGCCAAAUACAAGGAAUACCACAAAUUGCGCGACAUUCUAGAUGGCAAAUCCAAGCCGCAACCCGCCUCCCCGAAACGCAAGGCCGACCCUUCCGCCAUCGACAUCUACCAGACCCCCACCAAGAAAGUAAAGCACAUACCCGUCACCAAUGACUCGGAGCUACGCGAGCCGCGCGACGACUUGCUGCACCUUUCCCCCACCAAGCUCUUCAGCCCGGCCGCCCACGAGCUCGGCCCCACACCUCAAAAGGACGGCAUCCUGCUGGGCCUCUUCGACCUGCUCCCCACCGAAUCACCCAACAAGCCGCAGCGCACCGUCCUUGGCGACAUCACAGCCAACUCUCACCUCCAGACCCCGCAGAAAAAGCGCAGGCUCGACUUCGAUGACGACGAUGAGAAUGAGCUGGUCUGGAGCGGCAAGAUGGCCCGCAAGAGCCGCACCCCCGUGUCCGAGGGAAAGCGCCACUUCUUGGACAAGUUUGCUACCCCCCAAAAGCCGAAGCGGCAACACGACGAGGGCACUCCGUCGUCACGUGGCCAGCCCACCACCCCCGCCUUCCUUCGUAGGAACUUCAGACCAAUGCCUUCCCUGACCGAGAACCCGACGAGCCCCAGGAUGCCGAGGAAGCCCAUGUCGUUCACCCGGACACUGAGCACCAUUCUGCAGGAGCGGAGGAAGGAGAAGGAAGAAGAUGCGAGGCAAGAGGCCGAGGCCAAGAGGCAAGCCGAGCUGGAGGCAGAGGCCGAGUUGGCUGCGAAUGACCCUGAUGAGGAUGAGGAGGAGGCAAUGCGUGAGAUGGAGAACGGGCCAACCGCUGCACCCGCACCCCGGCAGGCGCCAUCAACCGUACUUGUCCAAGACAGCCAGUUCGACAGGAAGCUCGGUGCAGACGGUGAGAACUUCUCAGACUCGGAGCCCAGCGAGGGCGAGAACGGCCCACCACGCAAGGUGUGGAAGAAGAAGGGAGCGAAGAGGCAGACUCGCAGAGUCAACAUGCGCCCUGUCAGAACCAGGCCACAGCCCCAGCAGCCGCAACCCGCCGCUGCCGAUUCCGAGGACGAGAGCGACGCCACUGUUGCCGAAACUCAGCCUGCCCAGCCCGCCAACGAGGACUUCGACGACAGCGACUCUACGGCCGUGGAAGAUGACGGGAACGAGUCUGAACACACGCCCAAGAAGCGCAAGGUUGGAAGCAGCGGCAAGAAGCAGCCGACGAAGGCGGCGGCUGCAAAGGGAGAUGCUGGGGAGAAGAAGGAGAACGUCAUGAAGAAGGCGACGCGCAAGAUCAGCGCCCAGGCACACGCAAACUUCAAGAAGCUGAAGAUCAAGAACAAGAACUCGAAAGCAGGCGGGCGGGGCUGGGGUCGCAACAGGAGGUAA